AUGUUCAAAAUAGAUUUAGUAUACAAAAAGAAUUCGAAGUUGGAUACUUUGGCUUUGAUACAGGCCAUCAGACAAGGAGAAUCUGAAAUUAUUUGGUAUUUGCUGAAAGUCACUGCAGUUUUAGCUGUAAUUCUAGCUAUUAUUAAGUUAAUUAUUAAGUUAAUUGCUAGAGUAUUCGAAUAUUUCGGGAAAACGGUAGAGAAAGAAAGAAUAAUUUCAAAAUCUGACAGAUUGAACUUGAUAUUCGGAUAUUCUGGAAUUCUAUUCCUCACUUUUAUUUUUUUCGCACAUCUUUGGGUUUUGGAGUUGGCGAGUAGUACGAUCGCUGCGUUAUACGGAUUUUUCUGGCACAUUCUCGCCGGCUUGUUCUAUUUUCUAUUUUUGUUUAAAUCCGCUCUAAAAUAUGUCUACAACUAUGAGAAGUCUAAUAGCACAAAAAUAUUGAAGUGGAUGUUUUAUGGAACAAUUAUCGGAUAUCAGUUUCAUAGAGGAUUUUUUAUCAGUUUCAUAGAGGAUUUUUGUUUCCUCUUUAUGUACUUCUACUACAUCGUCUUCUUCUAUUUCUUUUUGAUCGAGUUAAUCACCGUAAUCCAUGGAAAUGCGACACUAUUUGUAUAUCUGACUCCCAAGGAGUUGGUAAGAAGGCACUGGGAAAAAGAGAAAAAAUGUAGAAGACUAAUGAAUGCUUGGAGACGACAGGAAGCAAAUGAAUACGAAAACGAGGAAAGCGAAAAUGUAUAUCCUCGCAAAAUACGAUUCGUCUCAUUCCAAGAACCCGGAAUUUAUUAUGAAGAGUACCCUUAA